UUGCUUUGCAUAGCUAAGAAGCAACAGAAAGCUGCAGUGCUAGCUAGUGCUAGCCAUAUUGCAGACAGUGCAACUGGUUAGUGAUGGAUGUAGCGCUAGUUGCCGUUAUUGGUUGCCAUAGCUUGCUGAAUAGCUUGCUAAAUGGCUGUCUGCGUGAUCCGGUUGAAUAGGACUUUAGCUGUCAACUGCAAUGGCUGAACUGCGUGUUGAAGUAACAAGCCUUCUCAGUAAUAUCUUGCAAGCCAUCGGAGAAAGGGAAAGGCAGAACAGCAGCUGACUCAGACAGAAAGGAGUGUUUAUCACACCCUGUUUGGACAACUGGAUCGUGGAGAAGACGCCUCAGCCUGAAGGACUACCAACGUUGCCAUGGCGCUGCCAUUUAAGAAAGAGCUGGAGAAGUACAAAGACAUGGACGAGGACGAGAUCCUCAACAACCUGUCUGCUGAGGAGCUGAGACAACUGGAACACGCCCUGGAGGAGCUGGACCCUGAGAAUGCACUGCUGCCGGCUGGCCUGCGGCAGAAGGAUCAGACCUCUAAGGCCGCCACCGGCCCCUUCGACAGGGAGAAGCUCCUCAGGUACCUGGAGAAGGAGGCCAUGGAGUACAAGGAUCGCGAGGAUGUGGUGCCGUUCACCGGCGAGCGCAAAGGGAAAGCUUGGGUGCCCAAACAUAAGCCAAUCGAAACACAGCAAGAAGAAGUGACGACCCUUGACCCAGAACUGGAAGAAGCCCUCUCCAGUGCCACUGACACAGAGCUCUGUGACCUGGCAGCUAUCCUUGGUGUGCAUACACUGGUGACCAGCACACAGACCAUUGAUGGACCUGGUGGUAAAGAAGGCUAUAACAAUGUGGUCAAAGGGGAGAAGGUCAAGCCCGUCUUCGACGAGCCGCCAAACCCCACCAACGUAGAGGAGACCCUGCAGAGGAUAAAGACCAACGACGCUACCCUGGUGGAGGUCAACCUCAACAACAUCAAAAACAUCCCCAUCCCCACGCUGAAGGACUUUGCCAAGGCCAUGGAGAAGAACACGCACGUGAAGAAGUUCAGCCUGGCUGCCUCGCGGAGCAACGACCCCAUCGCCAUGGCGUUCGCUGACAUGCUGAGGGAGAACCGCACCCUGAGAAGCCUGAACCUGGAGAGCAACUUCAUCACAAGCGCCGGGAUCCAGGCCCUGGUGGCGGCGCUGCGGGACAACGACACGCUGACCGAGAUAAAGAUCGACAACCAGCGGCAGCAGCUAGGUACCACGGUGGAGAUGGAGAUUGCUAAGAUGCUGGAGGAAAACAGGAGCAUCCUGAAGUUCAGCUACCACUUCACUCAGCAGGGCCCUAGAGCGCGAGCGGCCGCCGCCAUCACCAAGAACAACGACCUGGUGCGCCAAAGGCGAGUGGAAGGAGACGCGUAACCCCGGACUGCUCCCCGGCCACGCCCAAACCACGCCCUGCCACACCCGAACCACACCCAACCAUGCCCUGCUGCAACACGUGGAAACAAUUCAGCUGAACAGCUUUAUGUGCCAAACCGUGGGGUAUGGCCUGGUGUGGCAUCAUCAACCUAUCUGAAGAAGGGAAAUGACUGGAAACCCUCUACAUAAUUAUUAUUGUUAUUAUUAUUAUUGUUGUUAUUAUUAUUAUUAUUAUUAUUAUUAUUAUUAUUAUUGUUGUUGUUGUUAUUAUUAUUAAUAUUGUUAUUAUUAUUCGUAUUAGUAUUAAUUUUGUGGUAAAUAUUUUAUUGGCUAAUAAUUCCAUUUAAGUUGGUUUUUCCCUAUUCAGACCAAUAGAUUUGAACCUUGUUGAGUAUUUUUUUCUCUGACAGGAUACCAUGAAGUACUCAUUUAGCAGAGAACAGGAAUGCUCUGGAGUUGCAUUUCUUUCCUUUUCCAAACGGGGAGAAUCAGUUUAUAAAUGGUUGGAUUUAAACGCCAUUAGGCUCCAGUAGACUGAAGCGGUCAGUACAGAACAGUGGUGCUUCUGAACUUCGCCUGUGUUCCUGUGUUCAGUUGCGUGGGGUCAUUUUUAAAGCACCUGUCCCUCUCUUGAUGGACACUGUAAAAUGCACUGUCCUUGAAAUGGUUUUUCACCCGAGGUUGUUUCUUGCAUUUAUUGUUGUUUAUGGGGGUCAUGGCAGGGGUUUCCAGUAUGUUCUGGAGGCUUGUGAGGUGAUCAGUGUGUUGUGGAAAGUGUGUAGUUGAGUUAUGUGAGGGGUGACCUCUCAGGUGGGUAAUGUGUGCUUUUUGCUGUCUGUCUUGUAGUCUUCCUGCUUUGCUGGGGAUUGUGCCUCACAGACCAGAGAUUUUCAUUUUUACCUGAAUUUUCCACCAUCCUGGCCUGGGGAAAGGGAAGUAGACACCUGCCUAUCAGAGCCUGUUUGACAAAGCUCUGCCCCCACCCCCUGCUCCUAGCGUUUUCCAUUUUCUUGUGGAGAAAUGGCCAGAAAUGUUGGCAGACUGAGAUUUCCAGGUUGUCUGUUUGAACCUAUUGGUUUUUGUUGUCGAGAAAAAACAAUUAGCCAAUAGGAAAUAGUGAUUGACAAGCAUCUUGAGCAGUCCCAGGGUUCAUGAAGUCUUGCUCUUGCAUUGCUGCCAUUUGCCUUCCUUUAAAAUAGUUCCGUGCUAAACUCGGCUAACCAUGCUAACCCUUUCUCAUGCCCAUGCUGGCGCCAUGCCAAAGAAUGUAUAUCUGCAUCUUUUUCCAUUGUGAGGAAUUUUAGUGGCUGGAUUGCAUAUUUUCAUCAUAGAUUAUGUACAGAACAAAAAGCUAAAUAAGCACAUAAUUUUUCCCCUCCUUUAUAAGGUAUUUAUAUUUCUGGUUUUGCUUUCUUUUGUUUUAUUUCUUUCUGGGGCGCUGCAGUCAUGGGUGUGAAAUGGCCUUCCUGAAACCACUGCGAUUUUAGGUAUGUGUUUUUAUCAGGGCAUCCUGUUCGAAGUAGCAAUGCAAAAGCAAUGCCGUUGUCCAGAAGACGACCCGUUCUGACUCGCACCUUCAGUUUCUCCCCAGCAGAGGUCACCGAGCACCGCAUAGACUGCUGGCUGAGGGGCUGACACUAAGAUGCCAUGCAUGCUGUCUGUGGCAGAAUUAACUGGAUUGUAUAGGGGAAUGGGUGCAUGCUUUUAUCGCCUAUGCUGUCACCCCUUAACUGUUUUUUACUUCUCUGUGGGAUAACUGAUAAAAACACAAGAAUUGAAACAAAAGACACUUUUUCAACAAUACUUGCAAAACAUUUUGAUUUUAAAUGUACAUUAACAUUUAAACACUUAUACAUUUGUAUUUUUCUUUGUCCAUUUCUGGUCUGUGGAACAUGCCAUGGCUUUUAAUACAAAUUUUUAUUAUUAGGUAUAAGGCAGAGCAUUUUGGUACUGUACAAGCCUGUUCUACAGUAUCAAAUCAUGGGUUUUCUUUUUUAUCUUGGUGAGCCAAAUGGAUUACAUGGAAUAUACAGACUGUAUCUAUACGUGUAUGUUGAUGCUUGACUGUUUUCUGAAUAAUCAGAGAUAUUGAUGUACUAUUUCUGUGGAUCUGAAUGGUGAAGCUCGCUGUAUUCAUUCCCAUUAUGUUUUUAUGUGAAUCACUGUGCAAGUUAAACUGCUGAGAUCUUUAACCUUAAUGUGGUGGUUCUGGACACCACAAGAGGAAACACUGCAUACUGUUGUCAUUAUUAUCAUUAGUAUUAUUACUGCACAAAAUUACUUGCAUUGUAUAGUUUAAAAUGUACUCACCAAUAAAUGUUUUUACAAAA